AUGGCUGCCUCUGGCCACAAGGCAACAUCGUGCUCAGAGGUGAAGUCUGUAAACCCUGCGGCCGACGAUGGCGAGUACACCCUUCACCCUUUUUCAGCGGACAAUGAUGUAUCCCUCCGCGUGUACUGCCACGUCAUUGCGUCAGAGAACCCAAAGGAGUUCUUAACCCUACCUGCCGGUGCGGAAGAGAACUACUCCAUUGUCUCUUCUGAUCAACUGUUAGGUUCAACUUGGUUUCUGUGCCCCGGCAUAUUACAGCAGCCUUAUGUCUCACGUGCUGGAACCACGAAGUUCAGCAAGCUGAGAAUCAAGUUUGAGAACUCCAGCGUCGAGGUUAUUCGAGUUGAUUACACUUUUGCCAGCACCUGUGGGCCCAACGAAAUCAGUUACGCGCACGCUGGGGACUGUUAUUCAGAGGGGCAGGGAUGCGCUAAGGGAACGUUCAAGGUGAAUCUGACAGGAACAGAACUCAAGCUGGCACCUGGCGUCCACUGGGCCUUGCAGGAGCGCAAUCCAGCAUCUCUGACCAUCAAUGACAUGUUCAUCUCUAUGGAUAGGAAGGUCGCCUCUGCCCGGUGCG